AUGUCACUGGUUCGUCAGAUUGGAUCGGUCCGAGUUUGGGAGUGGGGCGUGGGACAACCUGUAUACACAGCCCGUGUAGCUGGUCAACAUGCAAAGAGUCAACGCUGCCACAACAAGUCGGCAUCAGAUGUUCGUUUCUUCGCUCACAGUUCGUCUGUCCUCGUGACUGCAGGAGCGUCUUCGGGAGAGUUCAACCUGGGACUGUGGGACACACUGCUACCUCAAACUCGUGCCCUUGUCGCAUACACUGGUGCGCCCCCUGCAGGGGCGCCCCGUAAGUGCCAUACUAUUGUCUCUGGCGGGCGACAUGGAGAGCUGUGCUUGUGGGAUGUACGACAAAGGCAACUCCGUGUCACUGUCAAAGCAUUUGAGUGGCAUCAAACCGUGAAAACCCUAAUCUCCGACUGCAAUCAAGACCUUAUCGUGGCCGGAUCUAGCGAUGGUGACAUCAAG